AUGGCGUCUAAUAUUCUCCAACUCCCGUUCCGGCGCUCCCAUCCCGUCUCGCUUUCCGAAGCAAUCGUCCAGUACAUCUCCUCCAAAUAUGACCAGCGCCCAGAUAUGUUUGCCGAGGAUCUGAUGAUCAUUGAUCGCCUACGAUCUGAGGCCGUGAAUGUCCAGGAACCGCAUUUUAGUGGCAUCAGUCGCCUGGUCACAUAUGCGGCCCAGCUGAAAUGGAUGAGUGGAAAGUUCCCAAUUGAUGUCGGAGUGGAUUUUUCGUGGUAUCCGGCUUUUGGGUUUAAUACGUCGCGGCCAGUUUCACAAAAUAAUUUGCGCUUCGAACUAGCGAACGUUAUAUUCAAUAUCGCCGCAUUAUACUCCCAGCUUGCAUAUGCGACCAACCGGACUACCGCCGAUGGACUCAAGCAGGCGUGCAACUACCUCUGCUCCGCCGCUGGAGUAUUGAGCCAUCUACGCACCGAAAUCAUCCCAGACCUUCGAACAUCGCCGCCGGAGGAUAUGGACGAAAUGACCCUUCAGAGUUUGGAGCUUCUUUUGCUCGGACAGGGGCAGGAGUGCUUCUGGCAGAAGGCCGUCAAAGAUGGACUGAAAGAUGUAUCUAUUGCAAAAUUGGCAGCCAAAGUGUCUGACUUCUACGGCGACGCAAGUGACUUGGCUGUCAAGUCUAAUGCAAUUAGUACAGACUGGAUUCACCAUAUGACUGCAAAGCAUCACCACUUUGCCGCUGCUGCUCAGUUCCGACAGGCGCUUGACUGCCUCGAGAAGCGCAAAUAUGGAGAAGAGGUCGCUCGACUGCGUGAUUGUUUGCUCUGUGUCGCCGAAGGGUUGAAAGAGCAGCGAUGGAUUAAUCGGACUGUUCUUGGCGACCUGACUGGAUUGAAGAGCCGUGUUGCGGAAGACCUUAAGCGCGCAGAGAAGGAUAAUGAUAUGAUCUACAUUAACCCUGUGCCGCCUAAGUCUGAACUCAAGACUAUCGAGCGUGCCAGCAUGGUUCUUGCCAAAGCUCCCUCACAGGUUACUGAUGCGAUCUCUAUGCUUGGCGAUAAUGGACCGUUGGGCCAGCCGCUGUUUUCAAAGUUAGUCCCAUACGCAGUUCACAUUGCCGCCAGUAUUUACACUGAUCGUCGAGACCGACUGGUUAACGAGACUCUCAUUGGAGAGUUAGAGUCCAUGACCGACAAGUUACGCGACUUGCUUUCAUCGCUCAACUUGCCAGGGUCGUUACAAGCGCUCGAGAAACCAUUAGGUCUUCCGCCCACGCUUGUGUCGCAUGCAGAAGAAAUGCGCCAACAAGACGGCCUGAAUCGCUUGCAUCGGUCUAUCGACGAUACUGCCAGAGUCAAAGGCAACGAUAUGGCUGUCUAUAAUGAAGGCGUUGAGCUUCUAGCAGCCGAAAAGGCCGAAGACCUUGCAUCCCGUCAUAAAUACGGCACUGAUCGCUGGACCCGCCUGACCUCGGAAUCCGCCGCGCCUAAGCUCUACAAGAGCUUGACCGAAAUCGACGGCUAUUUCACUUCCGCUCAGGGCAGUGACGACCUCGUCCAGCGCAAGCUGCGAGAUUCACGCUCUGUCUUCAUUGUUCUCACUGGCACGAAUCGGGACUUGGAAUCAUUUGUGCCUAGUAGCCGGAGGGUUGUGAUUCCACCAGAGGUUGAGCGCGAGGCUAAUCGGUUGCGUGGCUGUUUGAGCGAGGUGACUCGGAUGGAGAAUCGGCGAAGGCGGCGAAUUCAAACGUUGAAGGAGAAGGCUCGCGCCGAUGAUAUUCAUCCAGCACUUUUAGCACAGACAGCUCGAUUAGAGCGUGAAUUUCCCAUGCAGACUAUCCAAGCAAGCCAGUUCGAAGAUUUGUUCGAGGAGCAGCUGAAGCUGUAUGAUUCGGACCGUGAGAUUCUGGCACAGGAGCGGAGAGAGCAAGAUCAUCUUUCGGACCAGGUCCGAGAAGCUAACCGGGCAUUUACGGGGUCUCAUAAGGGUGAUGCGUCGACAAGGGAACGAGAAGCGGCGCUGCAGGAUCUGGAAAACGGAUACCUGAAGUACAAGGAGAUCAUUUCUAACCUCGAUGUCGGGCGAAAAUUUUACAAUGACCUUGCGAAGAUUGUGGCCCGAUUCCGCGACGACGCGAAGGCUUUUGUCCACCAGCGUCGCAUGGAGGCAAGCCAGCUGGAAGCAGAUAUUUCCAACGCUACAGCGAUGGCCUCACUGCAUAUUUCUCAGCCGCACUUGCGCCAACAACCUCAGGAGUCAGCCCGAACCCACCACUCUCCCUCAUACUCAGUUGCGCAGCCCGCCCAGUCACCAUCACAGCCACCCCCACCUGUUCACAACGCACGCACAGCUGAGACAGCAGCGCCGCUCACAGCACCUCAACCGGUGCGAGCGCCUGUAGCCCCACCCCCAGCUUCUACACCGAGCAUGCCCGGGGGUAUGCCGGGUAUGUGGGCACCCGAAAUGGGGAUUCGAUUCGGAUCCGCGGCUGCCCCUCCUAAUGCUACUCCUAACACAGGAGCUAGACCUGUCCCGAGCCAGCCCACCCGUGCCCCUCAGCCGGGAACCUGGGAUCCUAGCCAGGGACUGCGUUUCUCUUGA